AUGGCACGUACCAAGCAAACUGCCCGUAAGUCCACCGGAGGAAAGGCGCCGCGCAAGCAGCUAGCCACCAAGGCGGCCCGCAAGAGUGCUCCGGCCACCGGAGGAGUGAAGAAGCCGCAUCGCUACCGACCGGGAACGGUGGCUCUGCGUGAAAUCCGUCGCUACCAGAAGUCGACCGAGCUGCUGAUCCGCAAGUUGCCCUUCCAGCGAUUGGUGCGUGAAAUCGCACAGGACUUCAAGACGGAUCUGCGUUUCCAGAGCUCGGCGGUGAUGGCGCUACAGGAAGCGUGUGAAGCGUAUCUAGUCGGUCUGUUCGAGGACACGAAUCUGUGUGCCAUCCACGCGAAGCGCGUCACCAUCAUGCCGAAAGACAUCCAGCUUGCUCGUCGUAUCCGUGGUGAACGUGCUUAAGUGACAACGGUUCGUUUCGUUUCGUUUCGUUUUCAAC